CAUCUGCACGGCAUCGAUUGCUCAAUUUGCGAAGGCGGAGAUAGCUCGAGCUCCUAUCUUGUCCUUUCUGGUAACUGAACAGAAAGAAGACGUCUUUACGUUAUGUCGUCUGCGCAGCUGAGCCACAGCAUGCAACGCUGCUGUCCAGCAAGCACAUCCGGGCGCCAGCGAUCCAGCACGGCACACUGCCAUGCACAGCACACUACUGGCCCUGGGCUUGGCAGACAACUCAGAUCAAGCAGCGUUCUGGCUUGUGGCCAAAGUCGGUCUCUAAACAGCGAACAGUCGAAUGUCUCACAGCAUGUAAGGACGAGACGAAGAAGAGGUGCGUCAGUGGUGCGCAGCGCAGCUAUGACAGAUGUAGGGCAGAGCCUGGAGCUCACGGAUGAGAACGUGGAGCUUGUGCUGGACGAGAUCAGGCCGUACCUGAUGGCAGAUGGAGGGAAUGUUCAGCUGGUGGAGAUUGACGGCCCGGUGGUCUACCUGAAGCUGCAGGGUGCAUGCGGCUCCUGCCCCUCCUCCCUGACCACCAUGACCAUGGGCAUCAAGCGGCGGCUGCAGGAAAAAAUCCCGGAGAUUUUGGAGAUUGAGCAGAUCAUGGACGAGGACACAGGCCUGGAGCUGACAGAGGACAACAUCGAAACGGUGCUUGAUGAGAUCAGGCCCUACCUCGUAGGGACGGGUGGCGGGGGACUAGAGUUGGUGGAGAUAAGUGGCCCGAUCGUGAAAGUGCGCAUUACGGGGCCGGCCGCCAGCGUGAUGACUGUGCGAGUGGCAGUCACGCAGAAGCUGCGCGAGAAGUUUCCGGCCAUCGCUGCCGUGCAGCUUGUCAACUGAGAGAUGAGGGAUUAAGGAGUCAGCCGUGACAGAAGGUUAUGGCUGCAUUGUUCAGCGGAUCUUGCAUCUGUGUGGCAAGCAAAUAUGCUGGUUGGUGUACUCUAGAAGAAGUGGAAUCCUGUCGAGGAGCUUGGUGGGUUGAUGGUCUUGCCGUUGGAAGUCCCACUAAGAUCAGGGUAAGCACGUUGAGGGCCGUUGAGAUCUUGCGAUGGGGGCUUUGAUGCUGCAGAAUAUUUGUGUGAUUCAGCCCUGUCAUUGCGAUUGCAUAAUCUGGGAUUGAAGCAAGAGACAAUUUGCAGGCCGUGAGAUGCUCUGCAUGUGAGAAAUUUGGUUGUCCAGCUGUUGACAUCAUGUGCCAUUGCUGCUUUUGGUCAUCAAUCAUCGGACGUUGGUUUGUACUGCUGUUGACAUCAUGAUCGCAUUCUCCAUUGCAUGCUGCUUGUCAAUUCUUUGCCUUCUCAGUGAUCAUCAGUAUUAUGGAUCUGUAAUGCCUUUGAUAGGGGCUUGGUGAAAUUGCUCAAUUUUCUCC